AUGAUCCGGCGGUUUGUGAAUCUGGUGGCGCGAAAGCCGGGCAGCGAAAACGGCGCGUACUCGCUGCAUCGGCUGGACGUCGCCAAGCAUCUCUUCUACCCGUCCACAGCCAAAGCAGAAGCAGCAAACGCGAAAGGGCAGAGCAGUAGCGGCGGCGGCGAUAAUAAGCAGCCGGAAAUCGGCAGCCUGCUGCGCCGGCUGCCGAGGCCGAUCGUGCAAUUCCAACAGGUCCCUCAAACUCCCACAUGGCGGCCUUUGGAUGACAUGUUUGUGCUCCUAAGCCCCGGCGGCGGCGAGGCGGGCGACAGGAUCCUCCACCUCCACGCCAGCAAGGAGAACCACGGCGACGUCUACGACGCCGACUCGGGUUCCGUCAUCAGCACCAUGCCCAGCCCCACCCUCGACGGUCCCAACAGAGUCGGAGUACAACCCAUCACCUUCUCCAUCACCACCGGAAGAACAACCGACCGCGACGGGGAAGAGAAGCAGGACAGCCGCCGCCUCUACGUGAUGACCGACAGCGGCGGCCAGAGCUUCCAGUGCCUGGACCUCAGCCAGCACCCUCACAGGUGGCAGCCUCUCCCAUCCGCACCCUUCGCAGUGGCCGCCGCCGCGCCCGCCGCGGCUUCUUGCAUCACGUCCUUCACGACCGUCGACGGCGGCUCUGGCUCCACCAUCUGCGUGUCGACGGUGGCCAAGGGCACGUACUGCUUCGACACGAGGACCAACGAGUGGCAGCACGCCGGCGACUGGGUGCUGCCCUUCGACGGGCGCGCCCAGUACGUCCCCGAGCUCGACGCCUGGCUCGGCUUCAGUAGCCGCGCCGACAACGACACCGGCCACGACCACCAGCUCUGCGCCUCCUCGGACCUCGCCGCCGCCAUGGACGCUCGCCGAGCGCCGAUCCUGGAUCACGUGUGGGAGGACCUCGCCCUGCCUAGGGACCAGGAGAAGAUGAAGCUGAGCCCGAGCUUCGGCGAGUGUCAUCCUAAGAAGUUGAAAAUGGUGACACUUUAUCCCUUAGCUUAG